GUAACGAUCAGCCCAGUAGUACCAAGCCACAAUGAGUUUCUGCUUCGGGUCCUGGAUGCUCAAGGUAAACUCUCCUUUAUGCCAAUACCACCUAACCUACCAUAGACACAUAUCCAAGACACACGGCAUCAAACACACAAACCCUCGUUAUCCAACAACAGCUAUCCCGCUCAACGUAUUCGCCCACGAACAUCACCGAGGCUAGAACGUGAUGAAACAGACGCUUCAAGUUCUGGCUUACUCUUUCCACAAAGCUAGGGAGUCCAAGAUCUAGUUCCCACA